UUUCGGCGGCAUUUUCUGGCUACGUUGGCAGAGUUUUUGUUAACACGUUUUUCGUGGUCAAGGCUGUUGGAAUUUUGAUUUUUCUUCGGCUGGGCUAGAAUUGCUGCGGAGAAAUUCCUGGGUGGUUAAUUCGGAAUAGCGAAAAGGGGAAGAUCAAACAAUGGCGACGGACAAGCACGGAAAUGUUACAAAUUUUUCUGCGGAACAUUUUCAAAAGCUGCUUCUUCAGCAACAAUCCCAGAUGGAAGCACAAAUGAAACUGAUUGAAAGUUUAACGCAGUGCUUAAACGUACAAUCAAACGGAGCAGCUACACGGGACACGCAGGCUGUUUCACUUGAUCUUCUUACGAAUUCAAUCACUGAAUUUCAUUAUGAUGCUGAUUCCGAAUCCACUUUCGAGGAGUGGUUCAAACGUUGGGAGGAUAUGUUCCAGACGGAUUUCAGCCGUCAAGAUGAUUCAUGGAAAGUGCGCCUUUUGCUCCGCAAGCUGGGAAAUAAUGAACAUACAAGAUUCCUUGACUACAUAUUGCCUAAAUAGCCGAAGGACAUCACUUUCAACGAAGCAGUGGCAACACUCAAAGAAAUUUUUGGUGAGUCAACAUCAUUGUUUAGCAUUCGCUAUCAAUGUCUAAAAAUUGUAAAGCGUGAUACAGACGAUUAUGGGGCACUAGCAGACAUGGUUAACCGCGAAUGUGAACGUUUCAAAUUACGCUGUUUGACGGAUGACCAGUUUAAGUGUCUUAUAUUUGUCAGUGCUUUACAGUCUCCACGCGACGCGGAAAUCCGCACUCGGCUCCUUGCUAAUUUGGAUCAAGAUCCAGAUUUGAGAUUGAAGUCUCUUGUAGGCGAAUGCAAACGGUUAAUUACCUUGAAACACGACACGGCUAUGAUUUUGCAGAGUCGACCCACCAUUGCCGAUAUUGUUCAUGCUGUGCAAAAAGCAAGAAAAUCUGGCUCGAAUAAGUCGUUCAACAGAAAGCCGAACAAGCCGCCUACACCUUGUUGGUCAUGUGGUGAAUGGCAUUUCACACGAUACUGUCCAUUCAAGCGUCAUAUUUGUGAUAAGUGCCAUAAACGCGGCCACAAGGAAGACUUUUGCCAUCAGUCCCGGCCAAGAAAUGUGAAGCAGUCCUACCGAAGGAAGAAUUUCAGAAAACCUGACGCAGAAUCACUAUCGGUGAUUGCUACGUUUCACAGUCAUUCUAGAACACGCCGCCGAUUUAUCACUGUGCUUAUCAACGGAAUCCCAACCCGGCUGCAGUUCGAUACGGCAUCAGAUAUAACGAUCAUUUCCAAGAACACUUGGAAGCACAUAAAGAAGCCGAAAAUGAUUGAUUCCAACAAAAUCGCUCACAAUGCAUCCGGUGGAGUGCUGAAGUUGGUCGGAGAAAUAAAUUGCAAAAUUGCAUUCAACGGAGUGGAAAAGGCCGGAACCUGCUACUUGUCUGAUCGACCAAACUUGAACCUCCUUGGACUUGACUGGAUGGAAAAAUUACAACUGUUUGAUGCUCCAAUGAGUCAGAUUUGCAAUACAGUACAAACCGACCCGGUACAUUCAUCAUUGUCGAUAGAAGAGAUGAGCAGAAAGCUAAAGCAGCAGUUUGUCACCUCGUUUGAGGAUGGUCUCGGCCACUGGACUAAGUUCAAAGCAAAGUUGUGUCUUCGUGAAGGAACCAAGCCAGUCUUUAGAGCAAAAAGACCGGUACCGUAUGCAGCCAUGACAGCAGUUGAUCAGGAGCUCGACCGACUGGAACGAGCCGGUGUCAUCACACCAGUGAACUACUCUUCAUGGGCUACGCCGAUUGUUGCUGUGAAAAAGCCGAACGGUAAAGUGCGAGUCUGCGCCGAUUUUUCGACCGGCUUGAAUGCCGCAUUGGACAACUAUCAAUACCCCCUUCCGAUACCAGAAGAUAUCUUUGCCAAGCUAAAUGGUGGGAAGUGUUUCGCCAAGCUCGACUUGUCCGAUGCCUACCUCCAGGUUGAGGUUGAUGAAAGCUCAAGAGAAUUGCUGACCAUCAACACUCAUCGUGGCUUGUACCAAUACAACCGCCUCCCUUUUGGCGUGAAAACAGCACCAGCCAUCUUCCAGCAGCUGAUGGACAUCAUGCUCGCGGGAGUUUCUGGAGCCGCGGCGUACCUGCAUGAUAUCAUUUUAAUGGGUCGGACGGCAGAAGAACAAUUUCAGCGGCUCGCUGAAGUGCUUGUACGUAUCCAGUCAUAUGGUUUCCGUAUCCGCGAAGAUAAGUGUACCUUUUUUACACCAACCAUCAAGUUUCUCGGUUUCAUCUUCUCAAAAGACGGUCGUCGCCCUGAUCCAGAAAAUAUCCGAGCUAUUCAAAAGAUGCCCCCACCUGUGGACUUGCAGUCGCUGCGUUCAUUCUGUGACCUAAUCAGUCAUUACAGCGCUUUUCUGCCCGAACUACCUCGCCUGCGUGCCCCAUUGAAUAAGUUGUUGAGCAAGGGCCAAACCUGGAAUUGGACACCAAAAUGCCAGACUGUGUUUGAGUGGGUCAAGUCAUUGUUGGCUUCAGACUUACUCCUAACUCAUUUUGAUCCUUCCCGGGAAAUUGUCCUUGCCACAGACGCAUCGAGUCUAGGAAUCGGUGCCGUAGUUUCCCAUACGUUCCCAGAUGGAUCUCAGAAGGCGAUCGCACAUGCCGCCAGGACGCUAACGAAAGCUGAAAGAAACUACAGUCAGAUCGAGAAGGAGGCAUUGGCCAUAGUGUUUGCUGUGAAGAAAUUUCACAAGAUGCUGUAUGGUCGCCGAUUCAAACUCUUGACGGAUCACAAGCCGCUGCUGGCCAUUUUCGGCUCGAAGAAGGGAAUUCCUGCCUAUACAGCCAAGCGACUCCAACGAUGGGCACUUACAUUGCUGGGCUAUGAUUUUGAAAUCCGUUAUCAGUCAACGAAUUCGCUGGGCCAAGCAGAUGCGUUGUCACGCCUCAUUGAUUCCCAGCAACAAGAACACGAGGACACCAUCAUUGCCUCAGUUGAAAUCGAACCUGAUGUCAAAUUCCUGGUGAACGAGGCACUACAUGGUAUGCCAGUUACGGCCGAUGCUGUGCGGGCCGAAACGCUUCGAGACCCAAUCCUGAAGAAGGUGACACACUUCCACAGAACCAGCUGGCCACGUUCGUGUUCAUCUGCCGAAAUGCAGCAGUUCUAUCAGCGAAGACAUUCGCUUUCCAUUGGGGACGAUUGCAUCAUGUUCUCAGACAGAGUAGUCAUCCCGCAGGCGUUGCAACAAAGAGUGCUGCGACAGUUCCAUGCAGGACAUCCAGGGCUCAACCGAAUGAAAGCGCUUGCCAGAAGUUAUGUAUAUUGGCCGUUUAUGGACAGGCAGCUAGAGCAGCUAGCUAAAAGUUGUGGCAACUGCGCUACCGCCUCAAGGGCACCGCCAAAGACUGAACUCCGCUCAUGGCCUAAACCAACUAAACCUUGGAGUCGUGUUCCUGUAGACUUUGCACGCCCAAUCAAUGGCCAGAACUUUCUCAUAGUGGUCGACGCUUAUAGCAAGUGGCCCGAAGUGUUCCUCAUGAGAAGCACGAAAACCAGCGCAACCGUCUCUAGGUUGCGACAAAUCUUCAGCAGGUUCGGCUGCCCUGAAACAUUGGUGACGGACAAUGGAGCACAGUUUACUUCGGCCACAUUCAUGGAAUUCUGCCAACGCUGCGCCAUCAAACACGUGCGGUCUCCAUCAUUCCACCCACAAUCGAAUGGCCAAGCAGAGAGGUUUGUGGGUACAUUCGAACGCGCUCUCCUCAAAUCAAGGAGGGAGGGAGACCUAGAGGAGGUGAUCGACCGCUUCCUAUUUCUGUACCGAUCUACACAAAAUCCACAAACGCCGGGUGAAAUAUCACCAGCAGAGGCAAUGAUGAAGAGAAAACUUCGCAUGCCAUAUGAUGCAGUUCGGCCAUCCUCAGAGUCCAUAGCUGGUGAAAGGAACCUAAAGAUGGAACGUGAUUUUAAUCGGCGGCUUGGUGCCAAGCAACGUUCGUUUACACCGGGUCAACCAGUACUUGUGCGUGAUUAUCGGGGUGGACACGCAAAAUGGACGCCAGGAACGAGCCAGUGCAAGCGCGGAAGCGUCAUUUAGGACGUGCUGGUUGGAACGCAGGUAUGCGUACGCCAUGCAAACCAACUGCGAACAACAAUGUGCCAGCCACAAGCAAUAGAAUCCGCCAAGCUUCCAUUUGACCUGUUGACAGACAACUUCAACUUGCCUACAGAGCCAGUAGAAGAACCCUGUCAUCAGACGAAUAAUACCAGACCGCAGAGUACGGAAUUCGAAUCCAGAACACUACAGCCAAGGCGAUGCACCGGUAGGCGAAGAAUCCCUUCCAGGAGGCUCCAGGUUAAUCCCCGGCUAGCUCCAUACACAACGGCAACAGCUUCAGGAGGGGCGGUAUCCGGGAAUCAGAGAAAAACAUAAAAGAAAAAAGGGAAAGUAUAUAAUGGUGACUGAAAGCUGGGCUAAAGAGAAUCGCCUACCCCGUGCGGUCGAUCAGGCAAUCGAUCGAGCGGACGAAUGCGUUUUCAAACACCCGACUAAUUGGACUUUUGCCUCAGAGUUGAGAGGACAGUGUUUUCGGCGGCAUUUUCUGGCUACGUUGGCAGAGUUUUUGUUAACACGUUUUUCGUGGUCAAGGCUGUUGGAAUUUUGAUUUUUCUUCGGCUGGGCUAGAAAUGCUGCGGAGAAAUUCCUGGGUGGUUAAUUCGGAAUAGCGAAAAGGGGAAGAUCUAACAGCAACGACGUCUGUCUGGUGGCGGUCGUUUAUCGACCUCCAUCCUCUACACCCGAGAUGGACUUCAACCUCGCGUCUGCGCUGAGGCUUGUGAUCAGCAAGAGAUACAGCCAUAUUCUUAUCGCUGGUGACUUCAAUAUCCACGCUCUGGAUGCCCAAGCAACAUCUACGGAACAGUUCAAAGCGGAUCUACAUGACCUUGUCUCCAGUUUUCCGCUUUAUGGCCAUAUCGACAAUCCCACCAGAUUCAGAGCAGCAGAAAGGCCGUCCAUCCUGGACCGGAUAUUUAGCAACGAAGAACUCAUGGUCGAGAAAGUAAUCAUCGACGCUCCUUUGGGUUGCAGCGAUCAUGCAGUUUUACUCUUCGAUUAUAUAUGCUACGCAGAAUACCCUGCGGAUACUACACGGGAAAGCCGAGUUAUCAUACGGUACGAUGAGCUGGCUCGACUUGCAGAGACAGCCAACUGGAACUUUCUGACAGACGAAGUACCGACAAUCGCAUAGCCACAUUUCGUCAACCAAUUUAGCACUCUCGUCGAAGAGGCAUCCGAAACUAAGGUUGUCCACUCGAAGAAGACUGUUUCAUUUGUGCGAAGUAGGACACGGAAAUGUAUGGCAGUGAGGAACUCGGCCUGGCAUAUCUAUAAGGAACACCCGAGCACGGAGAGCUGGACGGCCUAUGCAAUUCGACGUAAUCAUUGCACUCAACUCGUUCGUGAGGAUAAACUGACAUACCAGCAGCAUCUGAUGGAGCGCAUGGUUUCGAAUCUUAAGCUGCUCUACCAACAUGUAAACAACCUGCGCAAGGUGAAACGAGGAAUCCCUCCUCUUCAAACGCCAGAUGGCAUGACGCUGACUACGGAGGAUGCGGCGAACGCCUUGCGGCUGCAAUAUGCUUCGAACUUUCAAUGCAUUCCUUGGCCAUCUGUUCCUUUGUCAGCAGCUGUUAUACAACCAAAACUUACGCACAUAACUUUCACGGCGGGGAUGGUAUUAAAGAAGUUGUUGUGUAUGCGUAAGCACAGCUCUCCUGGAAUCGACAACAUUCACCCUAAGUCCCUUGCGGUAAUGGGAGAAAAUUUAGCAGAGCCUCUCACGAUUCUUCCAACGCUGCUUCGAUCAGAUGUAUGUACCCGAGAUGUGGAAAUGUGGGAUCAUAACCCCAAUUCACAAGGGCGGUAGCCGUUCUGAUCCGGCCAACUACCGUCCUGUAACCCUUCUCCCGGUCCUGUCGAAGAUUAUGGAAGCUAGUGUUGCUGACGUAUUAACAGCCUAGCUAGAAGAGUCUGCCUUCCUUGCACAUGAACAGCAUGGUUUCAACGGAAUCGAUCGUGCACCACAAAUCUGCUGCUAGCAAGAUCGAGUUGGACCAAAUUAAUUGACAGCGGUGCAUGAGUGGACGUGGUCUACCUAGAUUUCUCAAAGGCCUUCGAUCGACUAGACCAUGGAAUCCUGAUCUGCAAACUUCAGAGCUUCGGCAUUGGUGAUCCGCUCCUAGGAUGGAUCACAAGCUUUCUUCUCCACCGGAGCUUAGAGGUAAAAGUGCGUGGGUCCCUGUCCCACCCAAUCCAAGUCGAAUGUGGUAUACCACAAGGAUCGGUACUGGGGCCACGAUUGUUUUUGAUGCAUAUUGACGACAUAGCGGCCCUCAUCCUUUCCAACUGACUACUCUAUGCCGACGACAUCAAGGUCUGGAGAGCGAUCAAUACACCAGACGACUCCGCAAUACUUCAAGAGGAUCUGGAUAAGGUGUAUGCGUGGUCAGUUCAGAACCAACUCCCAUUCAACACAGAAAAAUGCAGAGUAUUACACUUACGUCACCAAUCAGCAUUUUCUAUAAAUUGUGUGACCAUGUGCUUCACACAACUGCUGAGGAAAAGGCUUUGGGAGUCUUGAUUCAGUCCGACCUUGGUUGUUCAGCCCAGGCAAAGAAAGCAUCGAACGCGAGCAUCCGAAAUUUGGGCCUUCUUCGGCGCACAUUUGGACGCUUCGAUCCAUCCGUUUUUCACCAACUUCUAGGUGCAUACAUGCGACCACGCGUGGAGUAUGCAAUACAAGUCUGGCAGCCGUGGCUGAGGAAAGACCUCUCUGAUUUAGAGAAACCUCAACGACGCGCAACGAAGAACGUGAAAGGUUUAGACCAGUUACGCUACGAAGACAGACUGAGAUCGCUCGGGAUAUUUAGUGGUCAAUAUCGAAGACUGCGGGGAGAUUUGAUUUCGGCUUAUCAGAUUCUGACAGACCCCAAUCAUACCUGCCGCCAUCUGCUGGAGCUCAGUAACAACAACGCCCUGAGAGGCCAUCAUCUGAAGCUGGCAGUGCAGUACAGCCGUUUGGAAUGUCGACGGAAUUACUUCCGUGCGUGUUUGCCAAGCCUGGAAUGCUCUCCCAGAAUCUGUAGUCAGUGCACCAAACCUGAUCGAGUUCAAAAAUCGAGUUGACAGUGCACUCACUUCAUUGCACUAUCUCCCAUAGUACAGUCUAAUUUUGAGAGAUCCAAAAUCCAUACUAUAAAAAUAAUUUUCCCUCACGCUUAUUUCAAAGGUGGAUUUAUAUUUUGACGCUUCAAACUCAAACACUUUGCGCCAUGCGAAUUUCAAGGGCGGUGACCCUUUUAACCAAAUACUCCAUACCUCAUGGUCCCCUCCGGAGUUAUAGUGGACUAUUAUUUUGACACUUCAAACU